AUGAGGACCAUUUUCUAUUCUGCAGGUCAUUAUUUGGAGGUAUUCAAUCGGAAGCUAAAGAAGAACGAGAUAAUAUUGAAGGAUGAGCUGAAACUGCUUCUACACCUAUGCCAAUCUACAGCCAGAGGUGCCAUCUACAGGUACCACGAAGAUAACAGUAAUGUAGCAUUUGGAGAGUUUAAGUUUGGUCCCCUGUUCAUGAAGCUGUGCUAUGAGCUGGGGCUGGAGGAAAUGGCUGCUGCUACUCUGACAGACAAGGACAUGAGAGGAUUCUUUUCGGACUCAACCUCCUUCAAUAUUGCCAUAGACAUGUUGUUUAUGAAAGGAUUAUAUGAGAGUUCUCUGGAUGUACUAAGAGACAUGAAGAACCAAGGUGUGCCAUUCAACAAGGACACAUUCACACUAGCAACUGGUACCUGCUAUAAACUGAAUACCCCGGAGUCCUAUAGAAUCUGUACUGCCCUGAUAGAGGAGGAACAGACCAAAGGACACAUUAUGCCCAGACAUGCCUACUGCUUCACUGUGGCUCUACCACUUAGACAGAAUGAUGUUGAAAAAGCACAAUCCAUGUUCUGUCAGAUUAUGAGCACUGACAGCAGAAUAUGUCAAUAUCUCAAAGUGCUGAUACUGGCUAUGGCAGGAGCUGUGAAAGAAUCACUCUCUGUCUUGACCUUAGCUUUGGGAUCCAGCAGCCCUGCAUUUAUAAAGAAGCCUGAAUUCGCACAGGAAGUGGUGGACCUGGUGCGUCUUCGGAGCGAGGACAGUCCUCUGAUGGCGAGAGUGGAGCAGGCAGUGUCCCACCUCCAGCAGGUAGGUCAGGUGAAUCAACGAAACGUGGACGAGAUGUUGUGUCAUACCCCCAUGGGGAAGAAGAGGAUGCCCAUGGGGAUAAUGGACGAGAGACGGAUCAGCCGGAGGACUCUGAGGCCUCUGCAGUCCACUCUGUUGUCAGAGUGAAUGGGACUAGGUGUAUCUCUCAGCGUGUUUGAGGGGAUCAAGGUGAGGCGCAGAAUUGUGAAUCUUGAUCAGGUACUGAGUAGGUUUUUGGGAGGGAAUUUGCAGAUCAGUGAUUCUGCGCAGUCCAAGUGCAAUGUAGUCGAUUUUAAACAAACAUUGUUUCAUUCUAAACUCUACCUUAAUUGUACCAGUCCCUGUCACAGCCAUGGGGUCUUCUCUCACACCACCCAAGCAAGGCUGAACAGAGAUGCGCUCUCUCCCUACACCCAGACCUGGACUUUAUAGCGACCUAUAGUGUACCAGUCAGUGCAAUGUACCUCUCCUCUCAGCCAGAGACCCUUUUGUAUUCCUCCUUUUUGAUCAUAUUCUUCACCUGUUCACAUGCAAUGGUACAGGUAUACUAGUUGGUUCUAUGUCUGGGGAGCCCCUUCAGAGCAUUUCAGACUUUUAACUGCUGACUGUGAAAAGGUUAGUUGAAUCCAAGGGACACCAAUGUGUGCAAAAGAAGAAUGUAAUAGUGUAUGUGAGACAGAUAUGUAUAAACAUGUCAUUAUUUGUGAUUUAUAGGGUAAUACAUAUUGAAUGAAAUAAAAGCUGCUGUUGUAGAACUCUUUA